AUGGAUUUUGCCGCUCUUAUGUCCAAGGAAAUCUCCAAGGCCAAAAGCCCCGACACAUCCAAGGCCAGCCCAGACAAAGGCAAAGACACCCCGACUGCCGAAGCACCCAAGAAAUACAUGCGACGAGGCGAAGUGGAAGCUGCGCGCGUUGCGGCUUACAAUGAGGAGCAGGAGCGGCUACAGCGCGAGCGGGAAGAGCGCACGGCCCAUAAGCGCAAGCUCGAGGACGAGGAAGCCGACCAAAAACGCGAGCGAGAAGAGAAGAAACGACGGUUAGCCGAGGAAUCAAGGAAGAGAAGAGAAGAGGAGGAAGCAGAAAAGGAGCGGGAACGGCGACGGAAACUUGGUCUGCCCGAACUACCCUCGACCACAGAUACUGCCGAUGGUGCCGAGGAGGAAGAUAUUGAGGAUGAGGAGCUCACGGCAAAACUGCGCGAGCUGGAUGAACCUGCGCAACUCUUUGGAGAAACCCAUCGCGCUCGACUUCGGCGAUACCGGCGCCUGGUCAAGCGAGCUGCGGCACCAACGCUGACGGACGGGCCUAUUCCCACAACCCUGGAGCCCGUGCCAGGUGGGCAGAUGAUUAUCCCGGACAAGAUCCCCAAGGAUCAGGAGAGUCGUCUCUUUCUCUUCCGGCAGCUGGCGUCCUACUUUAACAUGGUUCUUUCAGAAUGGGAGCUGGCAUUGGCCAAGCGUGACAUCUCAGUGCGGCAAAGCUCCCAGGGCCGACAGGCAUAUAAUGCGAUGGUCCAGUCGCGGGAGAAUAUGACGCCAUUGUUCCGCCGAUUUGAGAAGGGCGAUAUGGAAGACGGGUUGCUGGAGCCGAUCGUUGAGAUCGUCCACAAGGCACAGCAGCGACGAUAUGUGGAUGCGAACGAUGCGUAUCUGCGGGUGAGCAUCGGCAAAGCAGCAUGGCCCAUCGGUGUGACCAUGGUGGGUAUCCACGAGCGAUCCGCCCGAGAGAAGCUGCAUCAGGGCGACCAACAGGCCCAUAUUCUCAGCGACGAGAUCACACGUAAGUAUCUGCAGAGUAUUAAGCGCUGCCUGAGCUUCACCCAGGUGCGAUGGCCCCCAGAAGACCAGCUACAGAUCAUGGGUUAG